GUUUCCGUUUUGAAUUGUUAGUGUAUGCAUUAAUUGGUACAAUUAUUGUUGCCUAACUCAUCCCACGUGGCUUGUAUUUCCUUCAAUCUCCUAGAUUUCAGCUUGUUAUUCUCAUAAUCAUGUGAUUUCAAGCUCCGUUGGAUUAAAAAUUUGAUCCACCAUGUUUCUUUUGGUGUCAUCAUCGUUGGAAUCUAAGCAAGUAGUAUAAUGCUUUGUUUUGCUUUGCUACCCUUCUCUCAACACCUCUCCAUCAAUCACUGAACAGCUGCCUCCCACUGCCCGUACAUAUUGCCUCUCUCCAUUGUGGGAAUUCACUGUGUGAAGAUGCUAACACAAUUUUAAGUAGCAUCCUUGAUGUUUGUUUUGUGUUCAAUUAGGAAAGUGCUUUUUAACUAACCAGCUGUGAAAGCUUGUCGGUUGUGUAGUUUACACAAGUCCUUCUCUCAGAGCAUUGCUCUAAGACAGUUAGACAAAAGCCAUCGGUUUGGCCAAACCACCACUCUCCUCUUCCAUUGGUGGAUCUUGUUUCUCUCUAAUAGAAAACCAUUUUGUGUUGAGUUUCAGCUUUUUGAUGCAGCUUCUGCCAAUCUCAAUUAGACCCUUUUGAUAAAUUGACCUCCAAUUACAAUGCUUUAUUUCCUUAUAUCUUUUGUGUCCUUUCUCAUUCUCUCCAAGUCCUUUACCAGUAAGCCUUUUUCAUCUGGGGAAAGUGGGACCAAACUUGUGUCAAGCGGUUUUUUGGGGGGUCUUUCAAGUUGGCUGGUUUCUCGGCUCAGGAAAGGAAGCAACCCUUCUAGCUUUUUUCAGUUUUCUCUUGGCAUGUCGUUGAAAAAGAAGAGUUGUGUAUCUAAAGUGGAGAAUGGAGAAGAGGAAAGUAAGGUUUCUCUCUUGGAUUUGCCUGAUUUGCCAUUGGAGUGUAUCCUUGAGCACCUUUCACCAGCUGAAUUAUGUAGUUUGGGAACAGUAUGCACAUCUCUCAGGGAAAGAAGUAGAAGUGAUCACUUAUGGAACAAACACAUGGAAAGGAAAUGGGGUAAAGUCUUUGGUGAUGCUGCAUAUAGACAAUGGAAAUUGCACGUAGCUUCCCAAAACACUGAAAAGAUCUCCAAUCAGCACAGUCAGAAAGGAAUAUUUGCUUUCCUUCAUGGAUUUCAACCCUUCCUAUGGAUUAAAUCAAAAUCAGAAAACGGCACACAAUCAAGGAGCUCCUCACCAGAUGAUUCAAUAGUGGCUCUAUAUCUUUCUCUUGAGACUGGCAAAUUUUGGUUCCCAGCUCAAGUCUAUAACCGUGAGAAUGGUCAUGCCGGGUUCAUGCUUUCAUGUUAUGAUGCCCAACUUUGCUAUGACUCUAGAACUGACACUUUUCUGGCAAGGUACUCACCACAUGGGAGAUGGACAACUGAGGAAAACAUACAAUGGGACCGGCUGAGAGUGCCACCAAUUGACUCUUCUCCACACGCUCUUCAUAUCUCUGACUGUUUGGAUGACUUAAGACCUGGAGACCAUAUUGAGAUCCAGUGGAGAAGAAACAAAGAGUUUCCUUAUGGCUGGUGGUAUGGUGUUAUUGGUCAUUUGGAAAAAUGUCAAGGGCAAGGGAACCAUUGCCAUUGUCACAAUAAUGAUAUGGUGCUUUUGGAGUUCACACAGUACACGGCUGGUUCUAGAUGGAGACAAACUGUGAUAAACAGGAAGCAUCAUAGAGAACAAGGCAAUGAAGUAGAUGGUUUUUAUGGUGGAAUUAGGAAGCUGCAAAGUGAAGAUGAAAUUACAAGGUGGAAGAACUUGUGGCCAACCAAAAUUGUGGAAUAGCAUCAUUGAUUUGAUACCUUAGAACUUAGUAAAUUAAGCAGAUUCACCCUUCCAAAAGUGUGAAGAUGUGAAGGAUUAGUUUGUCAAAGAACGAUGUCAUGUCAUGCUUCACUAACGGUAUAAACUUGGAAACGUGCAUUUGAUCGGAUAAUUUUUCAGGCUGUAACAUGUGUACCGCGACAUGAAAAGCAGUGUAUAGGUUGCAGUUUUCUUUUAGCACCUUUUUUUGGUCUUGUAAUACAUCUCUUCAAGACAAAACAUGUCUAUAAUAAUUAAUGGGAGAACAUAGUUCAUACUAUAAUGUUUAGCUGAAACAGAGAAGAUUCAUUCGAUUAGUAUUCAAUCUGGCAUAAUAAUGUUGCUGUUUGGCUCGUAAAAAGAACAAUACAAGAAGAAGAUAAAAAAUUGAUCUUCU